AUUUAACUUCCGGGUUCAUUCCACCCGGUUUUAGUUCUCAACAAUAGUUAGAUUCAGAAGAAACUUGUCAGCUUACUCAUCCCAGCUUCGAGAUGUCAGAAGAUAAAGACCAAGCUUUGGUCUGGAAAGUGAAAAAUGGUGAACUUUCUGGCAUUCAAAGUGCUGUUGAAAAAGAGGGUGUUAAUGUAAAUAAAGCAAUCACAGGACGCCUUCCACUUCAUUAUGCUGCAGAUUAUGGUCAGACAGAAGUCAUCAACUACCUAAUUUCAAAAGGAGCAUUGGUCAAUGCUCCAGAUAAAUAUGGCAUCACUCCUCUUCUGUCUGCCAUUUUUGAAGGACACACCGAUUGUGUGAAAUUGUUGCUAGAAAAGGGUGCUGACAAGACUGGCCGGUCCCCAGAUGGUGCCACCUACAUAGACUGUGCAGAGAAGGAUGACAUCAAAGCUCUUUUGAAAUAGAAUUGCUCUACAUUAUAUUGUAGACUUGUUUCUUUCAGGCCAGGAUUUUGGUUUUAGGAGAAAAUGAUAGUCAACUCUGUUGUACUAUAAUUGCAUUGUUAAUUUGAUUUGGGAGUGCUAUAUAUUAUCAUGUUGUUCUACACAUGUAUAGGGGUGUGUGCACGUAUUUGCUUUAAAUGCAGAAAGAUGCUUUUCAAUGACAGUGUGUGUUUCUUUGUAUGAAAUGUGAUUGAAAUUUGCAGUACUCUUACAACUUGAGUUGACUCACAUAUUUUUCAACAUGCUGUAUCUAAGAACAAUCACCUCUCUGACACUGGACCUACCCCUUUUCUGCACAACAGACAGUCAGCGAGUUAAAUGUGUCUUGAUUUUUUCAAGAGAACCAAGAUAUUAUGACCAUUUAUUAUUGAUUUAUUAACCAAAAUAUCAACGUUUGCUGAAUAUAUAAUGAUUUUAAAUAAUGUUCAAAGGCUGGGGCCACAAGUGGAAAAUCUUUUCCUGCACUGGUCGUGAUAGUAAGGUUGUUUAUGGAUAUUUGUUGAUGCUUGAGUUGAGAUUUUGUCUUCUUGGAGCUUGCUUUUGAGGGCUGGCAGCUGAAACAAACUAUCAGUAUAUGUUUGAACAAGGUAGUGGUUUCUUUGUGUUUUUAUGAGAAGACGGUUUCACUUUCAGUUUUCUUAAAUUUGGUUAAACAAUACAAAAAGGUCUUUUUGUUGUGGGUUUUUUGUUUUUUUUGGUAUGAGUGCUACAUUUGGGGGGGCCUUGAAUUGUUGCCUUUUUUCAACGUGAAAUGCACUUCAAAGAAAUGCUAUGAACGUCAAAGACAGUGCAUGGCCCUUGAUCAUAUCAAAGGAUAUUUAAUUGAAAAUCAGUUUCGACAGGUCUCGUGCUUUUUAGGAUGAAAAUGAGCCUUUUCUUUUACGGUUAAGAGAGCAUUCUGUCCUAACGAGGAAAGAACUAUUUAUAGUCUCCUGUCUCUGCGUUUAUUGUGUAUUGUCUAAACUGUAUGUUGUGGUCAGGGUCAAAUGGCGCGUAAUUUUUGCAUGCUAUUCAUCGAGUAUGGUGUUAAUAAUGUUCCGCUCUGCUUUCUAUUAUUUAUUUUUCUUGCUUCUAUUCUGAGUCAUUUUCCUUUGAUUAUUCAGUCCUCUGUGUUGUGCUUUUUAGAGAUAUCUUCUUAUUUUGCAUACGUACCUUUGUUCCAGGACGAAAUAAGUGGGCAUUCUGUAAAAAAUCUUCCCUGCAGAUGUUAGUUGUAUUGGACAAGAGAAUUAUGUGAAGUGUUUCAAAGCCUUGAAAGUGUUAUCAAGGCUUAUGAAACUUGCAAAUUUUUUUUUUUUUUGGUGGGUCUUGUCUUUCGCUUAUAAUUUUGUUUCUAAAAGUACAUUCAAUAUUUGAAAGUGAUCGAACACUCUAACUUAUUCUAAGUAAAAGUUUCAAUUUGUUUAAUUUAUUGACCAACAUCGAACUUAUUUGUCAUGGUAUCAUCUUCAUUGUGAGUACCAUUUAAAUGGAGAAAUGAAUUUUUUGGAGCCGAGGUGUGGACCGCUUAAAAGGACUACAUAUCUUUGCAUAUAUAAUUGAGAUUGAUCGUUAAACUACAAACAUGAGUAUUUUCUGUACUUUUGAUAAGUGUGCAAUGUUCCUCAGUCACACUCAAGACCUGGGUCUCAGUGUGACAAAAAUGUAUGGUCUUAAUGCGUAUAUGAUAAACUUUGCUCUCCGUUUUCUGUACCAGUUAUGGUUCCUCUAAAACACCAGAGGUGAAUGCUACAUUUUACAAAUUUUCAUAAUAAGUUAUAAUUCUUAAAGCUUGCAAUCACAUUAAAAUUUGAAUAAUUCAUUACAA